AGCGCGCUUCGCUGUCCCGAUGCGAAACGGAGCGGAAAAGAGGGCGGGAGGAGGACUUGCCGGGGCUCCGCUGGUGGACGAGGUGGUGGAAACGAACCCGUGGCGUGGAGCAGUGGUUCGGCGCCCGCCCGGGAGCGCGGAGCUAGAUCAUGGAGCCGCGCGGAAACAGCCGAGACGAGCGACUGAGAGGAGGGACAGCGCUGCCUGCUGUCGCCUUUUUAGUGCUCUCAUUGUUGUCGUUACUGACGUUACGUCGGCGCUCGCGCUGUUGUCACCGUUAAUACCGUUAGCGCUGUUAGCUCCGUUAGCACAUUAGCUGGGCGGCUCGCUAGCCCGCUGUCCUGCUAGCUAAUUAAUUUGCCUGCAAGUGCAGACGGAGUUACGAGUCUUGUUUCGUUCACACAGGAAACUCGUACACCGCGACCCCUGUCUCUCUACCUGCCUCACCGCUCGACUCCGCCGAUUCUCGGCCGCCGGUGACACGCGAUGGAGCCCCGCGCCGCGCCGCUCGCGCUCCUCUGACUACGUGCGCGCGCGCCAUGGCGAGCGGGCGCGCGGGCGGCCUGUCCCGCGCGUGGGACGACUACGUGGACUGCAAGGCGCGCGGGGCCGACCUGCAGGUGAGCCUGCAGUGUCUGGAACGCUUCCUGUGCCUCUUCCACUGUGUGCGACACGCCGACCACCUCCACAAGAAGGAUGACGUGAAGUUCUGCUCAGACAUGAGCGGCGCCAGCAACACGCUAGCCCGGGAGUUCCUCACCGAUGUGCACCAGCUAUGCAGCGCCGUGGCCCAGCGAGCCGAGGAGGACGAGGACAGUCAGAGUCACAUGGUGGCACUGGCGGAGUACCUGGUGCGGGGGCGUGGCUUCCUGCUGCUCAGCACGCUGAACUGCGUCAUCGACCAGGAGCUGACCUGUCGGGAAGAGCUGCUGGCGCUCCUGCUCUCGCUGCUGCCACUGGUGUGGAGGAUCCCCGUGCAGGAGGAGAAAGCCCCAGAUUUCACCCUGCCUGCCCUGCUGGACAUUUUCUCCAGUCGAGAGAGAGCGGCCGGGCCCCCGAGGACCGGCCAGGAGAAUGUGGGCCCCGAUGCCUCAGGCUCUGGGAAGCACCCUACUGCUGGCAUCAAGCCGCGGCGACAGCGGAGAGCCGCCCAGCGCUACUCUGUGAGGGAUGCUUGCAAGUCCCAGCUGUCCACCUCGGACUCAGACGCCAACUCGGACGACAGGACAGUCGGCUCGGCCAGGAGACGCCGGCGUUCCCAGGUCCCUUCGCACCCGCCACCUCCCAUCGCAGACAGCAUGACUGCUGUGGACCGGGCAGAAUCGCAGCAGCGGCUCCUCGGAGAGGAGACCCUCACAGACCCCGCUGCGCUCUCCAUCUUCAACCGCAUGGAGAACUCCGCCUUCGACCUGUGCCACGUCCUCCUGUCCCUACUAGAGAAGGUCUGCAAGUUCGACAUGAGCCUGAACCACAACCCUGCCUUGGCUGCAAGUGUGGUGCCCACCCUCACGGAGAUCCUAACUGAUUUUGGGGACUGCUGUGGCCCCGGGGGCGGAGGGGGUGGGGGAGGGCUGGCCGAGGACCUGGCCUCCGGCUGGACCGAGGAACCCAUCGCCCUGGUGCAGAGGAUGCUCCUGCGCACCAUCCUGCACCUGAUGUCUGUGGACCUUAGCAAAGCCGAGGCGCUGCCCGACCGCCUACGCCGGAGCCUCACCGGCCUGCUGCGCGCCACGGUCAAGAUCCGCGGCUGCCUGGAGAAGCAGGCGGACCCCUUCGCACCGCGCCCCAAAAGGACUCUGGAGGAGAUGCAGGAGGAAUUUUCCUCCUUUUCGAGGUGCCGGCACCGGGCGUUGCUCCUGCCAGAGCUGCUGGAGGGCGUCCUGCAGGUGCUGCUGGGCUGCCUGCAGGCCUCCACCCCAAACCCAUUCUUCUUCAGCCAGGCCGUGGAGCUGGUUCACGAGUUUGUGCAGCACCGCGGCCUGGAGCUCUUCGAGACCACCGUGCUGCAGCUGGAGGCCCUAGGGGGCCAGGCGGAGGAGGGCGAGACGGCAGGGCGUGUGCGCCGCCUCAUUAGCAGCAUGGUGCGAAUUGUCAGCACCAUCAAGAGGACCAAGUCGGAACAGCUGCACCAGUCGGUGUGUGCGCGGCGUCGGCACCGCCGCUGUGAGUACUCUCACUUCCUGCACCAUCAUCGGGACCUCUCAGGGCUGCCGGUCUCUGCCUUUAAGCAGGAAGCCCACCGGAACCCCUUUGACGAGGACCCUGGAGACGGGGAGGUGCGUUACCCCGACCGCUGCUGCUGCCUGGCCGCCUGUGCCCAUCAGUGCCUGCGCCUCCUCGGGCGUCUGCCGUCCUCGGGCGCUGCCUCCCUGCAGGUGCUGGUGGCUGUGCAGGCGGUGGGCGUGUGCUGCUGCAUGGACCCGCGCUCAGUGGUGACGCCCCUGCUGCACGCAUUCCGCACCCCGGAGCUCCGCUCCCACCAGGCCCACAUCCUGGCUGUUCUGGCUCGGCUGCUACUGGAGCAGCUGGGUGGGGGGCAGCCCUCACAGCGUGCCAGACUCGCUUCCUGCAACAUCUGCAUGGUGGACAGUAGCCAGGUGCCGGGCAUCGAGGAUCCCACCUCUGACUCCGCCCUUUCCUCCCUGAGUCCCGCCUAUCGCUCACAGGGCAUCCUGCCCAGCGGCAGUGCUGAGGACGUGCUGUGGAAGUGGGAGGCUCUCGAAGCGUACCGGGAGCUGGCUUUCGGCGAGGACCGGCAGCAGAGCCUGCUGGUUGCUGGGCACGUAUGCCAGCUGCUGCUGCAGGGCAACGUGGCCGUGCAAUGGCAGCUCUACGCUAAUGUCCUCGGACCCGUGCUGCAGAGAGCUGUGGAUGUGGCCCGGCACGCCCGUGAACUGGGUGUCACCAUUGGCUGCACCCAGGCCUGCGGCUACCAUAGCCGCUGCCUGUCUGUCGAGGUGCUGCUGGUCUAUCUGCAGACGCUGCCAGUGCUCCUCAAGUCCCGGGUGAUCCGGGACUUGUUCCUGAGCUGUAACGGCCUGAACCAGGUCACGGAGCUGAUCUCGCUGGACCCGACGCGCUCCUGGGCCCUCAAGGUGUUGGAGACGCUGAUCCUGAGUGUGAGAGAGCAGCAGGCUGAUGGCCUGCGGGAGAUGCAGGAGAGUGGUGACCCAGGAGGGCUGGAGGCUGUGCCGGAAAAGAUAAUGGGCCGUGGGCCUCAGGCAGGGGCUGGGGAGGGCCCAUCAAGCCUCAGCAGGGUCUAUGAGGGUCUGAGGGAGCCCUUUGCCCCCAGGAGAAGAACCCGGGAUGGGGUCCACCUGGCUGCCGUGAACCUCCUCCUGUGCGUAGCUUUCCUGUGUGUCAGCAAGGAGGCCGACUCGGACCGGGACUCAGCCAACGAUUCGGAGGAUACCUCGGGGUACGACAGCACAGCCAGCGAGCCCGCGGGCAGGCGACUGCCCUGCCUUUCGCCCGACAGUGUGACACUUCCCUCCCGGGAGCAGAUGCGUCGUGCAGCAGACGUGUGGUCUGCCUGCCGCUGGGUCUUUAUGUCCAGCCCACUUUUCCAGCGCCAGUUCUGCAGGCUGGGUGGUUUGGAAGCAUGCCACCGCCUCUUGGCUCUGGUCAUUCAGAAGCUCGCCCCCAAGGACAAGGAUAGCCGCGCCAUAAAAAAGCAAAAAAGCAAGAGCCAAGCUGCCCUUUCACUGCUGGAUACACAAGCCCUGAUCUCAGUGCAGUCCAGACCCCAGGGCUCCACUGGUGUCACUAGCGCAGCACAGGAGGAGCCCAGGGUUAGAGAUCCAGACCGACAACUGGACGAGGACUUCUCCUUGCACAGCAUUCGGCUGCUGGAAGCCCUCCUGGCUAUUUGCCUCCACAGCGCUGGCUUGAGUCUGCAGCACACAGAAGCAGAGCUGUCCUUCCAGACAGUGGAGGAGACCCUGGCCGAGGUGCGGGACCAGCUGCUGCGCUCGGGCGUGGUGGAGUCUGACCUGGCCGUCCCACUGUUGGACUCCCUGCUGCGAGUGGCUCAGUUCCAGGCCCGUGACCGACUUGCUGUGCCUGAGGAAAAGGGCGAAAGGAAGCAUCAGACAGGGGCCGAGGCAGCACCCCCUACUGGCUAUGUGUCAGAAGACACAGAGGAACCCCCCGGCUGUGAGACACUGCCCCCCGGCGAGGAGGAGGGAUACGACGCAGACAGCGAGAGCAACCCGGAGGACACCAGCAGCAGAGAGGAGGUGGCAGGAGUGGAGCUGUCUGGCUUGCGGGAUGAUGGGCUGGGCACUGAGACAGCAGCCAGGCAGGGGGUGCUCUUCUUCCCAGAGGUCUGUGCCAUGGAGUUGGUUCUGCUGUCCACCGGCUCCCCGGAUCGGGAUGUGCUGAGGCACGUGCUGCAGAGCCUGCUGGGAGCCGUUCGCAGCCAUCCCCGAAAUGCCGCCCUGCUUUACCAGCAGGAUGCAGUGAAAACAAUCCUGAGUGGCUUCCAGAGCAUUCUCAACCAAUCAGAUGCCUCCAUUGAGGAGUGCCAAGCCCUGCUACUGGAGCUGCUCGUCGCCAUGGUAAGCGAGCGCAUCACGGGAGAGGAGCUGGCCAUGCUGAUCCGGCUCUUUCUAGAGAAGUCACCGCCAACUGAGAUCCUGCUGAGGGGAGUCCUCCGGCUCGUGGAGGCCAACAUGGACAUGGAGCCACUCCACUUCCUGUCCUUCCCGCUAGAGUCAUCCUCCAGCCCCCCUGUUACUGCCUCCCCAGGGCCCAAGCCUGCCGGGGGUGUGGCAGGAGUUGGGGCAAAGGCUGUGGGGCUCCUCUGGCGGGGAAAGCCGGCCCCCGUCCGUCGGGAGGUUGACGCCGAGACCCGGCUAGGCCACCAGUUGGCAUCCCCCUGGCAUGUGGCCCCCAUUCAUCUGCCCCUAGUGGGGCAGAACUGCUGGCCACACAUGGCCAACGGCUUCAGCACAUCGCUGUGGUUGCGGCCUCGUACCAGAACUGCAGAACAACGAGGGGUGAGGAGAAGACCAGGAGCGCCCUGGGACAACACCGUGGACAGCACAGAAGAGGAGAUAAGUGUAAGAUCUCCCAGAGUGGACCACCAGGGGGGAGCCCGCUGUCUGGACAGGCUGGUGGAACAGGGUUGCCUCCACAUUGUCUCUCUGGGCUCCAAGGCGCUGAUGCUGCAGGUGUGGGCCAACCUCACCAGCGGAGUCUUCACCUUCAGGAUCUGUAUGGACCCCAACGACGAAAUGAGGGCAGGCCUCCUGGCACAGGCGGAGUCAGGAGAGGGGCUUCUGGUUCCUGAUAGGUGGCAGCACUUGGCAAUCACAUACACUCAGCAACCUGAGGGCAAGAAGAGUAUCCAUGGCACACUGACACUCUGGGUGUGUGGGACAAGGAGGUGCGAGGUGCUCCUGGACUACACACUGCCUAGGAAGCCCAGCUUGGCUGCAGACAGCAAUAAAACCUUCUGCAUGCUGGGACACUGCCUGGAAUCCACAGAGGACUUUGCCAGGCUGGGUGGGGGCUGGGAUGUUGGCAGCCUGCUGCUCUUCAACGGUUCUCGGAUCGGCCCCGAAGAGGCAUUCUACCUGUACGCCAGCGGGCCGGACUUUACCUCCAUCAUGCCCUGCAAGUACGGCAAGCGGCGCGGGCCGCUGUCUCGCUAUGUCACGCGGGAGGCAUUGCAGUGCGAGCGUGUCCAGCAGCUGCUCAUGAGGAACCAAGACUUGGACACGGCCCCUCUUAUUGAGAGCCUGGCCGUGGUUUACGCUCCCAGCUGCCCAGGCCAGUACACCAUCUACGAGCCUGUGAUCCGGCUAAAAGGGCAGGCCAGGACGGUGGUCUCACAGCGGCCCUUUAGCACCAAGGAGGUUCAGAGCUCAGCACUGGACGCUCAGACCCUAGCGGCGCUGCAGCCUGCUGAGCCGCAUGGCCUCCAGAGCGUACUCCACAAGAUUGGUGGCACAGGAGCCUUCGUGUUCCUCUUUGCCCGGGCCGUGGAGCUCAGCAGCUGCGAGAAGACCCAGGCCUUGGCUCUGCAGGUGCUGCUCUCGCUGGUGAAGUACAAUCAGCACCGUGUCCACGAGAUGGAGAGUUGUCAUGGCUAUGCCAUGGUCCACCAGGUCCUCAUCAAGUCCAAGUGCAUUGUGGGAUACCACAUGCUGAAGACCCUGCUGGAUGGCUGCUGCAGCGGACCAAUCCUGACGCUGGGCGAAGACGACCAGUUCCGUCUGGACACGGAAUCCCACGCCAUAGUGCAGGACCUGACGCUGAUGUCCGAGGUGCUGCUCGACUGGAAGAUCUGGGCCAAGGCUCAGUGUGGGGUGUGGGAGACCCUCCUGGUGGCUCUGGAGAUUCUCAUCCGGGUGCAUCACCCCCAGCAGGUGUUCAACAUCCGGCAGCUCCUCAAUGCCCAGGUGGUGCACCGCUUCCUCCUCACCUGCCAGGUGCUCCAGGAGCAUCGGGAUGAGCACUUGACCUCCAUUCCUCAAGAUGUUUGCCUGUCCUUUGUGAAGAUCAUACAGGAGGUUCUGGGCUCCCCACCAGACCUGGAGCUUCUGCGGCUCAUUUCCAACUUUCUGCUGGCCGUGCACCCCCCUACCAACACCUAUGUGUGCCACACACCCUCAAGCUUCUACUUCGCCCUGCACGUCGACGGAAAGCUGUACCAGGAGAAGGUUCAGUCCAUCAUUUAUCUGCGACAUUCUGGCAGCAGCAAGUCAGCUGGCAGUUCGGUGCACUCGCUGUCCCCCACGCCAUUUGCAGAGGUGCCCCCUGAAGAGCUCGUACCUUCCUCAGAGCAGGACGGAGAGGUGCAGGCCCUGCGGCCCCCCAGUUUGGCCACAUCACCCCGCUCCUCACCGCCGCCUGGCGAGCGUGAUGGUGCCAUCCAGGGGGCACAGCAGGUCCUGAGCAGCACGGAGACAGUGAGGAGGAGCAUUGGCGACGAGUCUGUCCUCAGCAGCUGCGAGUCGGCCCGCACGCUCUGUGACCCGCGGGAGCCGCCUGCCAUCGACGUGGAGGCCGAGCCGACAGAGAACGACGAGGCGCUGCGGCGGCCCGACAGCCUCCGGGGUAUCCAGUCCUUCCAACGGAGCCAGAGCAACCUGGCCAGUCUGGGCCUCGCCUUCCCUGCACAGAAUGGCAGUCUGACUGUGGGCCGCUGGCCUAGUAUGGGCGACAGAGGCCUCCUGCCUGACGACUGGGAGAGCUACACCUUCUCCCCUGGGUAUGAGAGGGGCUACGGCAAGGCCGACUCCACCCAGGACAGGACCAGCGCCGAGGACUGCUUGGUGCUCGUCUGCUGCGGCCUCUACGAGCUCCUGCGAGGCGUCCUACUCCUGCUACCCGACCUUAUGCUGGAGGAAGUGAUGGACAAAGUCGUCCAGCCGGAGGCCCUGAUCGUGUUGGUCAAUCACCCCUCCCCGCUCAUCCAGCAAGGGGUCAUGAAGCUGCUUGACGCCUACUUCAGUCGCGCUGCAAAGGAACAGAAGGAGAAGUUCCUGAAGAACCAUGGCUUCUCGCUGCUGGCCAACCAGCUGUACCUCCAUCAGGGCUCCCAGGGCCUACUGGAGUGCUUCCUCGAGAUGCUUUUCGGGCGGCCUGUUGGCCUGGACGAGGAUCUGGAUGUGGAGGACCUGGAGAACAUCCCUCCUUUCAGGAGGCGCUGUGUGAUCCCCAUCCUGGGCCUGAUCGAAAAUGGCCUGUGUGAGAACGCGUUGGUACACAACGCACUCUGCGUCUUGCUGCAGCUGCUCAACGCCUGUCCCAAGAUGACUGACAUCCUGCUAGACCAGGGGCUGCUCUACGUGCUCUUCAACACGCUUGCCACUCUUCACGGCCUGGAGAAUGGGAUGCCCCAGAAUGACUACAAACUGCUGGUGUGUGACAUUCAGCAGCUGCUGGUGGCAGUCACUAUCCACUCCUGCUGUACCUCGGGCUCCCAGUACUUCCGCAUCAUCGAAGACCUCAUCACUCUGCUGGGUUACCUGCAGACCAGCCGGAUUCGCCGCACCCAGGACAUGGCGGUGGCUCUCCAGUUCAGAAUCCUGCAGGCAGCUAUUGAGUUCAUCAAGACCACGGCAAACCAGGACCCCCAGAAGCCAGGCGGGCCACUCCAUGUGCCUACUUCUCCGCCUUCGUCCCCCCAUCAUGCCCUCCACCAGAAGCGAAAGAGUAUUGCUGGGUGUACGGCCAUGAAAGACUCCAUAAUUCCCAGCAUCCCCCGGCAGCAUUACUGUUCCUACGGCCAGGUGCCACUGUCCCCGCCCUUCAGCUUCCUGUCCCAAGGGUCCCCUCUCCCAUCCCCUACCGGCUCCACCUCCUACGUCUUCCCCACCGACGCAGGGCGGCGGCGCUUCUCGCUGGCCCAAUCGGAUUCCCUGCUGAUGCGCAUGCGCUCAGUGGCCAGCGACGAGCUCACCCAGAUGAUGCAGCGCCGCAUGAGCCAGGAGAACCCCAUCCGUGCCAGCGAGUCGGAGUUCAUUCAGCGGCUCCAGAGGCUUCUGGUGCUUGCCGUGAACCGCCUCAUUUACCAAGAUGUCGGGCAGGACUUUUUUGACCUCUUGAACAUCCCCGAGUCCCCCGCGCACCAGGGAGUCUCGGCUGGUGCAGGCGAGCACGGCCCUGAAGAGAAUGGAGCAGUACCUCCUCCCGCUACUAGGAAGAGCUUCCAGAAGGAGAUCCUUAAGCUCAUGACGGAGGGGAUCAAGAUCGGCCUGGGCAGUUCAGGGCGCUCUAGCGUCCCCCGACAGAUGUGGCGACGCAUCUUGUGGUCAUGCCGGGACACCUUCAGGGUGCAGAUCGGCCGGCUGCUCGUUCACACACUGAGCACGAUGCGGCCCAUCGCCGACCGCAGGGAGGCCCUGGAGUUUGUCUACGACCCCGUCCACCCCGAUAUCCUCCGAGAGAGCCUGAGCCCUAGCCUGGAGCACGGUCCCAAGUUGGCCCUUUACUUGUACGAGUUGCUCCACGAUCACAGGCACAGCCUGACCAAGGAGGAGCAAACGGCAGUUGGGGUCUUCAUGACCGCACUCAAACUGUGUGGUCACCGAUGCAUCCCACCCAAUGCCCCACCGAGACCAGACCUCAUAAAGGCCAUCAAGGAGGAGCAGCUUAAAUACGAGUCGGAAGAAAACACGAGCAAAGGAGCGUGGGAGAAAAAGAUGAACAACACCCAAAAGAGUCUGAUGCAAAGACUAGAAGCCAAGUCGAAGGACAUUUCAAAGAUCGCAGCGGACAUCACACAGAACGUGUCGCUGCGCCAGGGCAUGGAGAGGAAGAAGGUGAUGCAGCACAUCCGUGGCCUCUACAAGGUGGACCUGACGGCAAGUCGUCACUGGCAGGAGCUGGUGCAGCAGCUGACUCAUGAUCGGGCUGUCUGGUAUGACCAGGCCUCCUACCCCACAUCUUGGCAACUGGAUCCUACAGAGGGCCCCAACAGAGAGCGCCGUCGCCUGCAGAGAUGCUACCUCACCAUCCCCAACAAAUACCUGCUGAAGGACCGUCAGAAGCCGGAAGAUCCGGUGAAGCCACCACUGUCCUUCCUCUUUGAAGAUAAGACCCACUCUUCCUUCUCCUCCACAGUGAAGGACAAGGCCACAAGCGAGGCCAUCCGGUUCACCCGGAGGUGCAUCAGCGUGGCUCCUUCCAGAGAGACUGCAGGGGAGCUGCUGCUUGGGAAGUCAGGGAUGUAUUUUGUGGAGGACAAUGCCAGUGAUGCACAUGACAACCAGAGUCCACAUGGAGAAACUGAACCUGCAUCCUUCUCCUGGACAUACGAGGAAAUCAAGGAGGUGCACAAGCGCUGGUGGCAGCUCCGAGACAAUGCUGUGGAGAUCUUCCUCACCAACGGGAGGACGCUACUCCUGGCUUUCGACAACACCAAGUUCCGUGAUGAUGUCUACCACAACAUCCUGACCUCCAACCUGCCCAAUCUGCUGGAAUAUGGCAACAUCACAGCACUGACAAACCUGUGGAGCUCAGGCCAGAUCUCCAACUUUGAGUACCUGACACACCUCAACAAGCAUGCCGGGCGCUCCUUCAAUGACCUUAUGCAGUACCCUGUCUUCCCUUUCAUCCUGAGCGACUACACGAGUGAGACUCUGGACUUGAAUGAUCCUGCUGUCUACAGGAACCUGAGCAAGCCCAUCGCUGUGCAGUCUAAGGAGAAGGAGGAGCGCUACGUGGACAACUACAGGUACCUGGAGGAGGAGUUCCGGAAGGGUGCCCGCGAGGACGAUCCCAUGCCACCCGUACAGCCCUACCACUACGGCUCACACUACUCCAACAGUGGCACGGUGCUGCACUUCCUGGUCCGCAUGCCACCCUUCACCAAGAUGUUCUUGGCCUACCAAGAUCAGAGCUUUGACAUUCCGGACCGGACUUUCCACUCCAUGAACACAACGUGGCGCCUCUCAUCCUACGAAUCCAUGACCGAUGUGAAGGAGCUCAUCCCAGAAUUCUUCUACUUGCCCGAGUUCCUCGUCAACAGAGAAGGCUUUGACUUCGGCGUGCGCCAGAACGGCGAUCGCGUCAACCACGUGAAUCUGCCCUCCUGGGCCCGCAGCGACCCGAGGCUCUUCGUCCUGAUCUACCGACAGGCGCUCGAGUCUGACCAGGUCUCCCAGACACUGUGCCAGUGGAUCGACUUGGUUUUUGGCCUUAAGCAAAAGGGCAAGGCAGCCGUGCAGGCCAUCAACGUGUUCCACCCUGCGACGUACUUUGGUAUGGACGUGUCUGCCGUCGAGGACCCCGUACAGCGGCGCGCCCUGGAGACCAUGAUCAAGACAUACGGCCAGACGCCCCGGCAGUUGUUCAGCACAAGCCAUGUCAGCAGGGCCGGCCCCCGGCUCUUGAUGGAGGGCGAGCUGCCCAGCGCAGUGGGCCUGCUGGUACAGCUGGCCUUCCGUGACACCCGUGAGCACCCCAGGGAGGUGACCUGUCCGAGCCCCCUGCCCUGGAUCAAGGGCCUGAAGUGGGGGGAGUACGUGGGCUCCCCCAGCGCGCCGGACCCCGUGGUGUGUUUCAGCCAGCCCCAUGGAGAGGCCUUUGGUUCGCUGCUGGCCCUUCCCACCCGCGCUAUCUGUGGACUUUCCCGGAAGUUCUGCCUCAUGAUGAUUUACAGCAAGGAGCAAGGGGUACGGAGCAUGCACAGCACGGACAUCCAGUGGUCGGCCAUCCUGAGCUGGGGCUACGCGGACAAUAUGCUCCGGCUGAAGAGCAAGCAGAGUGAGCCGCCCAUCAACUUCAUCCAGUGCUCGCAGCUGCACCAGGUGACCAGUUGUGCUUGGGUGCCCGACAGUUGCCAGCUGUUCACAGGCAGCAAGUGUGGCAUCAUCACAGCAUACAGCAACCGCUUCACAAGCACGAUGCCUUCUGAGAUGGAGGUGGAGUCUCAGGUGCACCUGUAUGGGCACACGGCCGAGGUCAGGUGUCUCUUCGUCUGCAAGCCCUAUAGCAUCCUAAUCAGUGCCAGCAAUGAUGGCACCUGCAUCAUCUGGGACCUCAACAGGCUCUGCCACGUCCAGAACCUUACAGGGCACAAGAGCCCGGUCACGGCCGUGUCCGCCAGUGAGACAACGGGGGACAUUGCGACCGUGUGCGACUCGGUGGGUGGCGGUAGUGACCUGCGCCUGUGGACAGUUAACGGUGACCUGGUCGGACACGUGCACUGCAGGGAGACCAUCUGCUCCGUGGCUUUCUCCAACCAGCCGGAGGGCCUGUCUGUCAACGUCAUCGCCGGGGGCCUGGAGAACGGAGUGGUCAGGCUAUGGAGCACGUGGGACCUGAAGCCCGUCAGGGAGAUCACCUUCCCAAAGUCCAGCAGACCCAUAGUCAGCCUGACGUACUCGUGCGACGGGCACCACCUCUACACGGCCAACAGCGAGGGCACUGUCAUGGGUUGGUGCCGCCGAGACCAGCAGCGGAUGAAGCUGCCCAUGUUCUAUUCAUUCCUCAGCAGCUACGCCGCUGGUUGACCGAGUCUUCGCCCUAGACCCCACCCACCCCUGCACCUGCAUGCCGGGGCAAUGGAGGUCCGCAUGCUCUGAAACCCAGCUGUUCUGCCCCUUCUGGGGGCCUCAGAGGGACCAGUGCCGUCGAGUAAUGUGACAAAUGAAAAUAUUGUAGCGUGUGCAUCUGUAUGUGUGUAUUUAUGAAUACUUUUGUAUGUAUGAGCGAAUGUGUUUGUAUUAUAUUUAAAGAUCUGGGACAGUUUGGUUGAAAAGGUUUUAACCAUUGAUGCCUCUUUCGUUGCAAUUCCAAGUGUUCUUUGGGUUUCAAGUGUUUUCUUUUUUCCAAAGUCAUCUGAAAAUUGUUUCAUUGUUCUCUGAAAUGUCUUAAAUGACACUGUAAAUGCACUGAGUGUGUCGGCAGUGUUCUGUUUUCCUCAUAACCCGAAAACAGCGCCCCCUGCAGGGCGGGGCAAGCUUUAUGAUUGAACUACAACCUUUCCUUUCUCAUGGAUGAGAACGAUGACGAAGAAGUUGGCAAAACCAGCAGCGCAUAGUGACCCACUCUGUGUGUCAUCGUUGUUGUUCUUGCUCACAGUGUCCUGAUGAGAACAUGAAUUGUGGGCAGGGCCUAUCUGUGCCUCUCUUAUAGUUUAGCUAUUCUGUUAUUUUUGUGUGUGUGUGUGUGUGUGUGUGUGUGUGUGUGUGUCUGUCGCCAUUUGAGUAUUCCAGACCAGGUGACAUGAAGCUGAUUCACUCAAGCCUGAGGCUUCACAUUUCUCCAGGUGGCCAUUUGAGUGAAAACAGUCCAACUCCAUGUGUCUUAAUUCCUUCAGGUCCUCAAGGGGUCUUGACAGGUGUACGAAGAGCUGGAGGCCAGGUGGAAGAAGAGAAACUCUUUUAUCAUUACUUAACUUUUUUUAAACUGCUUUUCACUGCUGCCAGAAUGCGAGCACCUGUCACACUAAUAAACCGCCUUCUCUGCCUUGAGUAGCUCGCCCCCCGCUGGCUACGCAACAGCUCUGCUCCAGCACUGGCCACGUCGCUUCCCUCCUGCAGUUUAUGUUCCCAACAUGAGCCCACUGACUCUUUCUGACCCAACUUUCCCACCCUUUGGGGGCCUGUGGAUGGAGCGUGCACUUCCGACCCCCCGUAAGUCAGUGCAGGUUAGAGACUUUGCUGCUCCACCUGUGACGGUCGCCUGGCUCUGCAGAUAACCUCAUGACCUUUCUCUGCAAAUGGCUCAUACCCGGCUCCAGCAAUAGAGCAGUGUGUCUGUGUCGGCAGCAGGCAGGUGCCCCAUGUCUGCACAAGUCGUACAGCCCUUCGCUGAGAUGCCUUAAAGCCAGCGCACACCUGAGCGAUACCUGAACGGAGGCCCAUUACAUCACACGUGUGCAGUUUAAAAACAAGGCUGGUGAGGGGGCCGGAUUAUAUUUAUAAUAAACGUUGCGUUGUAACGCAUCACACACUUGAGCAUCGCGCUGAACUAAAGCUUGUUUACAGGAAAGGGAAUUGUCGCGCCGCCCUGCCAAGGGCUGCGCUCUUGGCGUUUGUUAGUGCUCAGCUGCGGCAGAUGUGUACAGCUGUGCACAUCCAUCUGCGUCGCUCUGGGAGGGAAGGACUUCCACGUUUACAUCCAGUCAGAUAGCGGUUGGCACGGUGUUGGAGAAGGAUCUGCCUUUUUAAGCACAUCAGCCCCCCCAACUCCCACCCUGUGGCCUGCAUGGCUGCCUUAAGCGCAAGUGCAUGGAGUGCCCCUCCCCAAAAGGUGCAGGCAGCAGGUGGAUAAUGAGUAACAUGACUUGGGCUUCGUGCCCUUUUCCCGUCGGACUGACGUGACUCGACUUAACGGACCUCUUGGUUCCUAUUUACUCUAUGAAGUCAUACGUCUUUUACCUACCCUGAGACAUGGGAACCGGUGAAUGAUCAAGCUGAACAUGUCUUAUUUUUUGUACCUAUGUAUGUACAAAUAAAGU